CAGUUAGCCAUCAACGAUCGACUCUGCAGCUGUUACAAAUGGAUGACGGAAACAUCGAGCCUGUUGCUACUCUUCCCACUCUGCCUCGUGGUCAUCCUCAGCACUCACAGUUCGUGGCAUCCAACAACUACUCUAGACCUGGGUUGACUACCAACAAUGGCUACUCCACCACUUCCAGCUACAACACUCACUUAACCCAAGAGUCUGGUCUUGUUCGUUACUUACCGUCUCGCAUACAAGCAUUGCUUCCAACCGACUACUGGGGAAGGGUUGCAAUUGGCUGGUCCGUUGUUCAAUUCAUCUUUGUCGGCAUUCUGGAGAUUGCUCUUGCGGUUCAACACUAUUUUUAUGUUGCCCAACUUGAUGCUCUCACUCCUUGGUCUUUCCCUCUCAAUCCAACAAAAGACGACAUUGUUGGGAAUGGCCAUGCUAUAACAGUCUACCACUCCUUGGUCUGUUUUGCUCUUCUUUUUCAGCUUGUCAUGGUCUAUGAUGCCAUUGCCAACAAGUCUGUCAUUCAGCUCUGUGCUACCACAUUGUUCAAUUGGUCCGUAUCUAUUUACACCAUCGUGCAGUCCCGUCAGGCAGGAAUAUUGCUGAAUGAUGCUCCACAAUGGAUUGUUGCCGACUUAUCUACACACCCUACCUUACCAUUGGAAAUCGUCAUUAUUGUCUCGAUGUUUGUGUUUGCUCCUGGAUGGAUCUUCAUGUCAUAUCAGCUAUACAAGGUGUUUGGAUGGACCAUCUUUAAAGAGUUGGGUGCUGAUGUGAAUGUUCGCAACCAAUUGAUGGUUCAUCAUGUACACUUGCUAUUGCUCAAGCUAGAUGUAUUUUUCUUUCUCGGAUUCUCCUUUCAAUUUGUGUGUCUUGUUCUUGCUGGUAAAGGAAAUACUGGAGACUCGAUUCUUCACGCUAUUAUCUCUGUUCCCGGAACCAUCAUUCUUCUAAUUAUUUCAUACAUUGCCAUUCGAAGGGAAUCCAAAUUGUGGAUGAUUGUGUCAAUUUUGGGUCUGCUAGGCGGCUCAAUAUACCUAAUCGUCAAAAUCGUGGAAGUGAAUGGAUCAUCUAUUGAGAGUGUCAGAAAAUUCCAUUCUUCCAAAAACUCGCUGACAUUCUUUAUCGUAUUGACGCUACUCAUGUCAGGCAUUACUUGCGUGUCAGCUAUUCUUAAUUAUCUUCAAUUUGGAAAAGGUCUCAAGGAUCACUUGGAUAAUCAUAAACGGCCUGCCGGAUCGGUUGAGUUGGAACACCUCAGUCAAAGCAACGGAGGCAUGUCCAGUCAUGGAAAACAUGGAUGGAUGCAUGGUUAAUUAUUUCAUACUUUUACAUUGAUUGUUUUUACUAUUCAUAUCCUAAUUUGUCCUUCUCGAGCCAGAUAUCUUGCUACUCGAGAUGUUUCAAUCUCUCUGAUCAAGACUGCUUUCUUGAAUCAGACUUUAGCCAUCCUUGCAUUUUCUGUCCAAUUGAAAGUUUUAAACUUCUACAUUAAACUUGUUUUGAAUUAUAUAUC